UUCACAUUCACAAACAUAUUAGCUUGUUAUUCUCCCUUUUUUCAAUGACAUUGGAAGAAAGACCAAAAAACGAAUUUAUUAAAAAUGAGAAAAUUGACUUAAAAUCUGCCAAAUCAAAUUCAAAAGACAAUUUUCAAGAAGUUUGUGGAAUUCACAAUGUUGGCAAUACUUGUUUUAUGAAUAGGUAAUUAGAUUUAAAUGAAGAAUAUUUUUUUCUUUAAAGUGCCCUUCAAUCAUUAGCAAAUGUUGAAGCUUUAACCAAUUAUUUUCUCAAUAACGAGCACACAAAUGAAAUUAAUGAGCAAAAUCCUCUGGGCACCCAAGGACGCCUAGUUAAAGCUUAUGCUACUUUUUUGCGUUCAUUGAGGUCUGGACAGGCUCAGGCUAUUAAUCCGUUACAGUUA